AUUUUAAUUGUGAAUCGUGUUCAUAAGUAUCAGAAGUGAAAAGCGCGCCUUUUCGAGAGUUUAAUUUUUUCGGUGAAAUAAUUUUAAACGCUUUUAGAAUGUUUAAUGUCGAUAAAAAUAAUGAGCUAUCUCAUGUUCUACAUUCAGGGAUUCUUAGCUCAAAGGGGAAGUCUGUGGAGUCGUUGAUUCGAGAAUAUGGUGAAAAGAAAAACCUUCCUGAUUUGCAUAGCUUAAUUGAGAAGACUGACACAAUGACGUUAGUUGCUAUUUUGAAUUCAAAAUUUGGACGAAAUGAUUGUGUAUCCUUUUGGAGUUACAUCCUUGAAGGUCUAAGUUUUGGAUACAGUAGUCGUCAUCUCGUAGAAAAACGGUUUGCUUGCGUAAAACAUAUGCUUAAAGGUUUACAACGUGUUGAAUUAAGAUAUAAGCAAACUUACGAUUUGAUAAUACGACUAUGCCAGCAUAUAUCAACAUUUCCUUCUGACCAGUUAAUUUAUAUACUCGAAGUUUGUAUAGACGGAAUACGCAUGGGUGAUCGCAAAUAUGUGUGUUGGAAAGAUUUACUACCAGAUGUACUGGAAGUGUUGGCGAAGCAGCCACAAUUGACCGUUGAUGGCAUACUUGUCAAAGGGAGUGAAUUUCGUGCAAAUAUUAUCAAUAGCCUAACAACUAUGAAUUGGCCCAUAGAGAUAUUAACGCCGAUUGCGGAUAUGUUAAGGGCGCUGAAUUUGAAAAAUACUGAAGUAAAUGCCGUGCUUAACAAAUUCGGUGGAUUGGUUCAAUCAUUGACUCCUAUUGAUUUACCGCCUUUAGCUUUUCAAUUGUUCUCUAUAUGUUCGACAUGUACAGAAGUAAUGAUAUUAGUAUUGGCUUUUGACAAAUAUUUCUAUCGUUUUUAUUACAAAAAGCUGUUUGCUGAUAUGGAAAGCAAUUCAUCUGACUACGACUCCAUUGAUUCAUAUUCCGACAAAGAAAUGCGUGAGGCUGAGGAGACGACUUUAUAUCAUUUGAAUUAUUGCACACAAUAUAAAAUAGGCGAAACUCAAAUGUGUGCUAUUCUGCGAAACUUUUGUUCAAUGCCCGACUUAAUAUUAACUCCUUUUGUGUUAAGUUCAAUUAUAUCUUUGAGCUCUGCAAACCGGGAACCCGAAUCACUGCGCCAUACUACAUCAAUACUUUUGAAUUUUCUGCGCAAUGUCAUUCAUAGUAAUGAGGAAGAACAGAAGAUGGCAGAAUAUUCGGCAUGGUGUCGGGAUACUUUGCAACGAAAGCAAGUAAAGUUGGAUUAUGUACUUUCAGUACUUAUUGAUCAUAAUAAGGAUGGACAAGAUGUUAUAACACCAGGUUUGGUUGGUUUAGCUUUUACUUUGCUUAAAACAAAGAACAAUGUGCCACUAAACUCGCUGGCUAUGAGUUUUUUAACUAAAUUUAUACGCAAACGUUUUGUAUUUGGACAAGGUGUUGUGAAAAAGUUGGCAGAGUGGAUGAUUGUAGAACAAGAUCAGUUUCAAUUUGGUGAGUGCUUACUUAUGUUGACUGUUGCAGAUACAUUUACAGUUUCCGAGUGUAUAAAGACUAUUAAAUAUGUAAUGGAAUUUUUUUUAUGGUUACCAGGUGAUCAUUCAAUGCGUAUGAUGUCCUUUAUACUGCCAAUACUAAAAAUAUCUGCAGUUGUGCGUGACGCUUUCAUUGAAGUUCUCCGGAAAGCUAUUAACUCAAGUAUGCAACAUAUUCGAAUUGUGGCUGUUUAUGGUUUUUGUAUGAUACUUAAGCAGUUGAACAAUAGUAAUUCUCAACGAUCGCAAUUAAAUGCCUCCAGCUUUUGUACACAAUAUAGUAUUUCUACAUUCUCAUUGAUGUCCCAAGUGACUAUUGACAAUCGACAAUAUCCUUUCCGUCAUUUCGAUAUGUUAACACUAGAAAUAAUGGACCUUCUGAGGAGUUGUUUUGCCAAUAAUAUAGUUAUGAAGAGUGUGUUAUAUAAAAAUUUACAGCGCGCUGUAGAACUAAAUCCAAAACUAGUGCCACAUGUGCUUCAAUUUAUUGACUGGCAUUUUCGUUCGUUUUUUCGCGCUCCCAUUGCAACUGACGUUGAUGAGGAUUACUGCGUUUUAUUUGAUAAAGCUGUGCGCACUUCGCCUAUGAAUACUUACGAAUUACAAAUUCAUGACAAUCUUGGACUUUUAGUACAGUUCGUAAGCCAUUGUUUAUCUAAAUAUGACGGAUUUGAAAGCGGAUAUGAUGUAAGAGAAAUAAAACGGUUGUUGUGUUUGGCUGUAGACAAAGUAAUUACAAAAGAAUUACAGUUCGAAGAAAAGGAUGACAACUGGCAACCUAAAAGGAGCGCAAUGCUGGAAGUACAAAUAAACUUUUUAGAAGGCCUAAUGUCGUAUUCUUUACUAACUGCGAAUGCAAAUAAUGACACAAUUAAACAUAUUUUGCCAUUAUUCAAAAUACACUGCAAGGUCAGAGAGACGCACAAGUCUUUUGCAAGCAUCUCAAGGAAGCAAUUACAAAAAAAUAAUAGGAUCAAUAAUGAAGAUGGAUCUACAAUGAAAAAUAUUACCAUUAAUGGUCUCGUAGUAGACAACUUUAAUUGCACAAGUGUGGGAAAUAUUUGGGAUUUUCCUGUAAUUGAAAAGUUUAUGCGACUUCUAUUUGAAGAUGUUGUGCCCUUUGCUACAAGUCAUAAUGCUGAAGUUCUUCGCUCAAAUGUAGAAUUUGUGCGGUACGUGUUCGAAAUUACAGCACAGAAAGUGGCAGCUCUGCGUAAUGAACCAGAAUAUAAACAACUGUCGCACAGUAAGCGCACUUUAAAAUAUCUUACAGACGUAACAAAAGUUAUUUACGAACGAUGUAUUUGUCGUUUGCGAGAUAUGUGGUGUAGCUUUGAUGAAAAUACGGCCGCUUUAUCUGCCGAGUGCUUUCAGCAGUGUCUACAAACUGCGGACGUAAUUUAUAAGAAAAAAUUUGUUGACAUAUUUUUAAAAGGUUUCGAUUUGCAUUCAAUUAAUAAUUGUAAGCAAUCCCCUGAAAUUUUACAUAACAUAAUCGAUGUAUUCAUGGAAGAGGAAUAUUCUCCAGAUAAAUUGUGUUCUCCGAGAGGUAAUAAACAUGCUGAAAAUUCUGAUCUGAAACGAAUAUUAGAAGCUUUGCUCCAGAGUCUUGAAGUGAUUUAUGAUAAUAUUUCAUUUACGGAUCGCUUAACAACUGAAUCAUACAAGUGGUUACUGAAAUUCUGCCAAUGCAACGUAGUCAAGUCUGAAAAAUUAAGUUUGGUGCAUAAACUGCUAUUUACUCAACGACAGAAAACAAGCUCUGGCGCCUUCUUUAACACGAUAGCUAUACAAUUAUGCACCAUUUGGGGUGCCAUAUCUGAUGAGUUUUAUGACAGCGAGUGUCCUCCGGCUUUUGCUCUAAAGUCAUUGACCAUGGAAAGUGCGAAAUCAUAUUUCUUAUAUUUAUGCCAGGCAUUACGCAAACAAAUAGAUGAAGUAGAACACUUUAUUCUAAAAGUUAAUAAUAUAAACUUCAAAUAUCGUAUUGUAACUGAAGAUGAGCGCGAUAUAUGCCUUAGCCAGUUGCGUUCGAUGGAGCGAUCGAUAUGUUCUCAGCUGCUUCAUAUCUCAAAUGCAUUAAAAAAUCUUGUGAAUGCAUGCAUUCCUUUAGGUUCGUUAACGGACCAGCUUUUAAAACUUUUAAUACAACACUAUAUAUGUUUAAAAAACAUUACAAAACAUUUUUUGAGUUGUGUUGAGUCAUCGCAUGUUUGUAUGCAAACAACAAAAUUCGAAUAUUUGUUGCGUGCUAUUGGCAAAUCGCUUCCCAUAAAUAUUUAUGCUCUUAUUUCAUAUAUUGAAUCAAAUGUUAUCGAUAAAGGCCAAGAAAAACAUUUGAAUCCAGGAGCAGAAAGUGUUAAAAUAUUGCGAGAAACGAAACUUAUACCAAAAGUUGUAUUACAUCUAGAAACAUUUAAUCGUUUUGUGAUAAUUUUAUCAAAGAAAACAAAUAGCCGAAUAUCUAAUUUUUUGCAUCAAGGUACUGUUCAUGAUUUCCGUUUUCGCACACAUACAUUGACAGCGGCAGUACAGCGCACAUUUUCGCUUAGCAGUGAAAUUUCUGAAGAUAUGAGUGUUGAAAACGUGAUGAAAGAAAACUUGAAUGAGGAAAACACGGAUCUAACGAUCCAUGAAUUAAUGCCCAUUUUAUCAAGAAAAACCAGUAAACAAUUAAUUAGAAAUGAUGAAGAAUGCAAUAAUAUAAAUGAAGCUGAAGAAAUACUCCAAGAAGAUGAAUCCAAAUCAGCCUCAAAUGAAAUUUUAAAUCAUUCAGAGAAUAAUCGAAAAUCGUCAAAAAGGAAAUUACGCAGUUGCGAUAACGACACGUAUGGAGAAUUCUGCAAUAUUGCUAAUGUUGAUAGUACGAGGCGGCCUUCCUCAACACCGGAUAAUGUUGAGGUUUUAGAGUAUGAAAGCAAUCAGGAAUCUGCAUCACAGUUGUUUAAAAACUUGGCUAAGAUCAAUAAGAAAGCUAAAAAAAGAACGCAUAAAGAAAUUGAUGAUAAUGCGGUGGUGAACGCAGCAGUUAUAAUUCCACCUAAACAAAAACGCGGACGUACGUUAAAUAAAAAAUAGAAUGUGUGACAAUUUCUUAAACGCCGUUUUGUACUACAUCGUAUGUACCAGUAAAGUAAAAUAUUUCUUGGUAAUAAAAAAUGUCUUGAUAUAGAUAUUUAUGAAUAAAGAGUAUUUUAUGAAUAAAGAAAAAUAGUAUUUUUUGUCUUUUCCCAAGUGGUCCAGGCAUGUGUGGAGUGCAAGCUGUCCAAUGUAAUACCCAAAAUUUUAUGGUUAAUACAUAGGAUGUUUUAGCAUCAUGGAUUCCAUGGAUGGAUUUGGACGUGUUUGUCUCCAUGAUAUCCGAUGGCAUCUAUGACUUCUUCCCUGGUGAAUAUUAGCGGUAUGAAGUAUUUUGGCUAUUACACAGCCGUCAGGUAAUAUACCUUUUACUCUACCGUAAGGUGCAGUAUGUAUUGUUAGCUAAAAUAACUCGCGGUCCAUUGCCAUCGAAUUUUAGUCAUAAUUUAACAGUUUCCCGUUUAGUAUUGAAGUUGGUUAAAAAAAAAAACAGAAAAAAGGUCAAUAAUUAUGUAUUAUGUAGAAAAUAUUAAGGCGCUUAUGUUUGAGGAGUAACUUUUCAAAAGAGGAUAUUUACAUUUUUAUAUUUUUUUAACAUACAGUCUUGUUCCUAGUGCUAAUAUACACAAUUUUGUCACUUGGAUUAUGAUCUGAAUGAGAUAAUUUCCAAGUAAAAAAAGCUUUAAAUCUGAGCGUCCGGAUUGCAUUUCUUAUUUGACUGCACCUGCAGCCACUCAACAACACAAAAUUGUAAAAUCACUAAUUAGUAUCCACUGUUAGAGCUUUCACUCGAAUUAAUUGUAAUUGUAUAGUGUAAUUUUGGUUUUGACAUUCGGUCAGUUUUUUAACUAGCUAAUUUCGAGAGUAUUUUAACGACUCUAUUGAUUUAACCACGCCAUAAAUGAAAAAACCGUAGAAGAUCGAAAUAGUGGCGGAAGAAAGGAUAUUACCACGAAAAAACCUCGAGAGCGGAAAUCUUAAUAGCUGAGACACACAUGUAGUUAGAAUACUAUUGUUCGUACGAAUACCAACCAGAUGUGUGUCACCAAAUACCAGGAUUUUACCAUGUGAGCAAUGUAGUAUUUUGCUGGUAAAAAUAGGUAAGAAACCUAGGUGAGAGCUUAUAUACAAAAGUUUUUUAAAAUAUUUUGUCAAAAUGACUUUUCAAUAAUAAAUAAAUAAAAUGGAAAAUAAAAAAAUGUUCACAAGUUUUUUUUUUUUUGAAACGUCAGGAUCUUCGCCGUAUUUUGAUGGCCGUAUAUGACGGGCUUUUAAGAUACAUUUCAACUACUUCUGUUUUUUUGUGCAGAAAAUACAUAUUAAAAAUUGCUUUCUCCAUUACACAUAUGUAAAUAUUUAUUGUUUAAAUUUGUUUGAAAUAUCUGAUGUCUGUGAAAGACAUGGUAUUUCAGUUUACUACAAAUCGAUGUGUAUCAAUGUACGUAGUAAACACAAUACCAUAAUACUUUUAUCAUGGUAUUUUUACCCCAUGUGUGUUUCGGAUAUAAAGGAAUAAAUUUGAUGUUUUUGAUUUAAUUCGUGUAACUACGUUUCGACGUCGUUUUGUAACACCAUUAUAUAUUAUUUUGCACUUUUGCAGACAAGGAUCCUCUGUGUAUGAGUUUUAAGAUACAUUGCUCACAUACAUUUUCAAAAUUUAGAUACAAAUCCGUUGACUUUGGUUAUACACAAUAGAAAAGCCUUGUAUAACUGAGAGACGAAGAUUUAACAAUAAAUAUUUGUCAUCACGGUUGAUAACUCCACAUGAAGCACAACGGAAAAGUAACUCUAGGGCAUUGAGUUCUUCAUGUUUGAUAUACGGGGCCUUGAAAAUUUAUAGUUCGAUUUUGACUAUUUUUCCACAAGUGAUGUCACUCGUGAAAUACAUUAUUUGUGUAAAGUUUUAUUCCGCUAUCUUUAUUUGUUCCCAAUGAAUAUAUUAUAAAGUGAACGAAUCUGAUGGAAUUCGAAAUUGUAUCAUAAGGGAAGUAGUCGUAGUUCAUGAGGUAUGGUUUUUGAUCUAUAAGUGGACAACGCCACGCCCGUUUUGUCUGUCAUUUCUUCUGUAUAUGUAUAUUGUCAAAAACGGCAUAUUUACAAUGUACUACAAAACAAAAGGGGAUAUGUAUUGUGUUUUUUUUUUAAUUGUGUAGCUUUAAAUGACAAGGUCCUAUUUUUACUGAAUUGUGUAGUUAAAACAAUGUAAUGACAUGGUUCCUAAACACAAAAACUAUUUUUCAGUACAUCUAUAAAUAUUUCCAUUACAACGGUUUCUUAUUUUGCGAAAAAAUGUUAAGAUAUAGAUAUCCGCUUUUGAAAAGUCACUCCUCAUUUAUAACAAAAAUAUUUUGUUUCAAAACACAAAAUCGGAAUUUUAUUCAAUUGUAAGUAAUUUGCCAAUUAUUGUUAUAAAUGUUCGACUUUGUAUCAGCAGUCAAAGUGGAUUUCAACCACAUUUCCUGUAGCCACCUUAUACCUAAUAUACGGAUUUUCCAACUUAUGGUGGUCUAAUAUAAUAUGUGAAAUAUUUUAGCCAAAUUAAGUGGGCGUGUAGUCUUGGAUAUGGUAUAUAUAUACUAUAUUUGAUGAUAUUCGUUAUUCUAUUGGACUUUGUGCCGAAUAUAUGGGUAUAAGGUGGCUAUGUGAUUGAAAUCCACUUUGAGUCGAAUAACAUAAAUAAAUUGCGAGAGUGUAAAAUGUUCGGUUACACCCGAACUUAGCCCUUCCUUACUUGGUAAUAUUUUCGUAGUCUGUUUUGUUACCAAGUAAAUACAAAAAGCUGAUGCUAGAAAAUUCGUAAAUAAAUUAUAUUAUUCGUAAAUAAAAAUUCUAUAAAUAAAAAUUUAUAUAUGUACAUACAUAUGUAUGUAUAUAAAUCUUAGCUUUAUAUCUUUAUAUAUCUCUUUAUACAAAAAUUUAUACUUCAUAACAUGUGAUAAUCUAAUAUAAUAUUAAAAUAUUAUCUUAUCAUUUAAUUUUUCGCCUCCAAAAUUACCAUUUUUUUACUCCCGAUUUCGCAGUUGAUUAAAUAUAUAUAUCGUUGAACAUCCCUUAAGGAAAUACAUUAUAUUUAAGAUUUUUGUGUUGUCUUGUUUUAGUAAUGUGAGCACAUCCAGAUUUUAUGGGUGUUCAAAAAGUUAAUUAGGUAAACGACUGACUGACUUUCGCAGUUUGUUGUGUGUUUUAUUGCGCUUAGCUAAAAGUAAUUUGAUUACAUUUGAUGAAUAUGCCCAAGCAUUUAGACUUUUAUUUUGGAAAAUUAAAUGGGGAAAUCAAAAGGAACAUUUAGUUAAAAAUGUUCGCAUGACGACUCUGAAGUUAACACACUCGCAAUAAGAAAGUCUCUGAAAUAUAGCAAUUCGCAAAGUUUUGUGGUUUUUUCGUAGAUUUUUGAUGUGUGCGUGUUGAGUUUUUAUUACCUGACAAUUCAUAUCCAAUUUUCUUGUCCGUCACUCGCAUUAAAUUAUUGAACUAAUUUUGUAUGUAAUUCACAGCUCACGUUUAAAUGUAAUUUGAAAAGAAAAACAGUUUAUACAAAAGUAAAUAUAUAUAUAUACUAGUAGACUCGACCACGCGUUGCUGUGAAUACGGUAUAUAUAUGUACGUUAAAUUAUAUUAUAGUUAACCAUUUGCCAUAUAUAUAUAUAUAUAUAUUUGCCAUAGAGAAAUAUAAUUAGAAACUGAAGCGUUUUGAAGAGUAUUGUAGAUUCUGACGGUAUCAUUGUAGUGUAGUGUAAGUACUAUUGGGAUAUUACUUACUCCUAGUAGUAUAAGUACUAUUGUGGUAGUACUUACACCCAGUAGUGUAUAAAGUGGUGGUAUAUGGUAUAUAAAGUAGUAGUAUAAAGUAGUGGUCGUACUUUAUUUCAUCCGCAUGUGUUGGACCGCAUUGUACAUCUAUUCCCGAAUCCACCUGAAGACACACACAAAAUUUCACUGAAAUCGGUUCAGCGUUUUUUGCUCGGUUUGGUUUUCGGCUACACUGAUAUUUUGAAUAAUAUCUGUUUCAAAUCUGUCAUUCUCUGUUCUCUUAUUAUAUUUCAGUUGCGUUUUCUUAUACCACUUCUCAUCACGGGAACGGGAUAAAAAGUAUCCUAUACCCUUUUCCCGGUCCUAGGCUACGUCCCCACCAAAUUUCAGUCCGUUUAGCCGUUCGUUAGUUAUUAAGAGUGUAACUAACACGAUUUUCUUAUAUGUACAAAGUAACUUUUCCACGCAUUUUUUUAACUUUCUCUACGUGAGAUCUAUCCUUGUAUUUCAAGGAAUAUUCUUAAAAAAUAGUUUGCGAAAUCGGUUCGGCUUUUCUCGAGAUUAGUGUUUAGCAACACCUUCAGCGAUUCAUUUUUAUAUGUUAUAGAUUAUGUUAAAACCAAUAUAACAUCUACAUAUAUUGUUUAUGUUUAGCCAUGAUACAAUGUUCAAGUGGCGAAGUUUCCUCCGCCUAAGAGGCAAUAAAUAAGGAGAUUUUUGAUUAUAUUGAGUUAUUUAUUAGAAUAAUAUAAAAAACUAAGUAUUUUAAUGAUUCUUUAUUAGUUAUGUAUUUUGGAGCAUGGGGUGCACUCUCCAGUCAAGCACCUUGUGAUAGACGACAUUUUUCGUUUUAUAAUCAACUUUGAAGGAUUGACCUUGUCAUAUUUAUAACGAAUUCAAGACGGUUCGGAAAUUGAAGUCGUUUAAAUUCAAAUCUCAUAUUGGUAGGGACUAUUGAAAUUCUUGAAAUGAGAACUUCUUCACCUUCGAACUAUCCUUUGAGUAUCAUCGUCCUUAUUGUCCAUAACUUUUUUUACCACCAAAUGCAUUUCUUGGCACAGCAUUAGUUGAUUUAAUUUUCAAAGGAUGAUUACUACGAAGCCAAUAUUUAGUAGUAAAUUGUGCGGUGGCAAAACAAGCACAUCCAAAGAGUUUAACAAUUUAAUUGAAUAGUUGGUGGCUUUGUCUUCGUUUAUUACACAACCAAUUGAUUUGAAUGAAUGAAGUGUAUCAAUGAUCUCAUUCUGAACUAUGUGGUUUAAGUCAUCUACAUCUUUAUUAUUAGUCGCCGAAAUUGCUCGCCCACUCAACCUUUUAUUUUUUUGAUUGGUAAUUCCCACAAACUGUGCCAAUUACCGUGGGAUAAGCCUCCUAAAUAUCGCCUAUAAGGUUCUAUCGAGUGUACCGUGUGAAAGACUUAAGCCCACCGUCAACAAACUGAUUGGACCUUAUCAGUGUGGCUUUAGAACUGGAAAAUCCACCAUGGACCAGAUAUUCACCAUGCGCCAAAACUUGGAGAAGACCCGUGAAAAUAGGAUCGACACACACCACCUUUUUGUCGAUUUUAAAGCUGCUUUCGACAGCACGAAAAGGAGCUGCCUUUAUGCCGCGAUGUCUGAAUUUGGUAUCCCCGCAAAACUAAUACGGCUGUGUAAGUUGACGUUGAGUAACACCAAAAGCUCCGUCAUGAUUGGGAAGGACCUCACCGAGCCGUUCGAUACCAAACGAGGUUUCAGACAAGGUGACUCACUAUCGUGCGACUUCUUUAACUUGAUGUUGGAAAAAAUAAUAAGAGCUGCAGAGCUAAAUAGAGAAGGUGCAAUUUCUACAAGAGUGUACAGCUCCUGGCGUACGCCGAUGAUAUUGAUAUCAUCGGAAGCAACAACCGCGCUGUUUGUUCUGCUUUUUCCCGCAUGGAUAAGGAGGCGAAGCGAAUGGGUCUGGAGGUGAAUGAGAACAAGACGAAAUAUCUCCUGUCAUCAAGCAAACAGUCGGCGCACUCGCGUCUUGGCUCCCACGUCACUGUUGACAGUCAUAAUUUCGAAGUCGUAGAUAAUUUCGUAUACCUGGGAACCAGUAUCAACAACACCAACAAUGUCACCCUCGAAAUCCAGCGCAGAAUCACUGUUGCCAACAGGUGCUACUUUGGACUGAGUAGGCAAUUGAACAGUAAAGUCCUCUCUCGACGAACCAAAAUCAAACUCUACAAGUCGCUUAUCAUUCCCGUCCUGCUUUAUGGUGCAGAAGCUUGGACGAUGUCAACAUCAGAUGAGACGACACUAGGAGUUUUCGAGAGGAAAAUUUUGCGCAAGAUUUAUGGUCCUCAGAACAUUGGCAACGGCGAAUACCGCAGACGAUGGAACGAUGAGCUGUACGAGUUAUACGACGACAUUGACAUAGUUCAGCGAAUAAAAAGACAGCGGCUACGCUGGCUAGGUCAUGUUGUCCGAAUGGACGAAAACACUCCAGCCCUGAAAGUAUUCGAUGCAGUACCCGACGGAGGAAGCCGAGGAAGGGGAAGGCCUCCACUCCGUUGGAGGGACCAGGUGGGGAGUGACCUGGUUACACUUGGAAUCUCCAACUGGCGCCGAACUGCGAAGGAAAGAGAAGAGUGGCGCGUUCUCAUCGAUUCGGCUAUAACCGGCUAAACGGUUGAACGCCAAUAACAUACACAAUUCCUUGUUGAGGAGUUCAUUUUUCGAUAAGACAAAAUUACAGAAGUUUUAGGUUCGGUUAAAUGCUUCCACGUUUAUGCGCCAUUGUGCAUUCGUCCCAUAUGAUGAUUUUCUAUGCUGAUAAAACUUGGAUCAUCGCGGAGUGUUUUGCAAUAUUACAUGUUAAUUCUUCAACAGUUUGAAGAUUAAACGAUACUUUUAUAAGAAUUACCUAUGGUUUUAAGAAUUAUAUAAAUCAUGGUUUGUAGUGAUUGCAAAUUUAUGUUGUCGAGUUUUACAUGAAUUACUAGACGAGUGAUUGAAAUAUAUUCGAAGCGUAGUCAGAGGAGAACCAUCACAGUUUCCUUUCAAGCUCUACGCCUUAGUAAGAAUUUGUUUAAUUUUGUCUGCACUUUUCGAACCGGGUGUAAUUAAAAUUUCAUCACCUACGUAUGAAAAAAGUUUCUACUGAUGUCCAUAUGCCAGUGCCUUUCAAUUGAGCUUGGGUUUGAUAUCAUAUACACUUAAUGUUUAUAUAUAUAUAAUAUAUUUUAAACUCAAACACUGAAGUUCCACAUAUUUUCGUGGAAAAUAACUAAAAAAGCCUAUGGAAACAAAAAAUUAAUCCUACUUAAAAGUAUGUAAUAAGAAGCGAAACAAAACUUGAUGAAGCUUUUGUAAUAUUAUAUAAUACAUUUUAGGCAGAGGUCGACCCCUCGUAUAUUGUGUGCAUAUAACUAAAAUACUACCAAAGUAUAUGAAUAGGUUUGUAGCUCAAUGUGGAGGUGCAAAUUAAUGGGCGUUACUGGCAACGAAAUAUGUACUGAAUGAGAAACUGAAGAAAAUCUCAAAAGAAACCCUAGCAACGCCUAAAAAGUUAAGUGUUCUUUUUGGUGACGGAAGUUGGACAUUAGGUAUUCGUUUGAAGGUGUCCAUUAAUAGCAAAAGUAUGGCCUUAUGUACAUACUACAGAAGUAUAUACAAACAUGCAUCACAUCAACCAUAUAAAAACCACUAGGGCAGAAUUAAAAUGGUAAAAAAUGUGAAAUGCUUUUAAUUUCAUUUAUUAAUUUGCCUACAAAGUAUCGUUUGCUUUAAUUUGCGGUGCGGGUGCAGACACGCGCAAACAACAGGAUCAAGAAAAAAACCUUGAUGAAUGUUUUUGAGUGCGCGAAAACUGGAAAAAUUAAUUGUAAGAAAAAGAAAAUGGGUGAUGGGAGUCUGUUUGCGAUUUGUAUGUGUUGGCGGGUUGUUUUCCGACGGUAGGUGGUUGGUUGGUUUUGCUGUAAGAGUGGCAAAGUGUUUGUAACUUAAACAAAAAAAUACUUCUUUUUAUCUUUCGUUGCUCCAAGGAAAACUAUAUGCAUACAUAAAUAUAUAAGCUUUUUGGAAACUUUCCAUUUACUUUUAUAAUUUUUCUCUUUCAUUAUUGCUACUCUUUUCAUUAGGAGUGUUGAAUAUGCGUUAUGGUUAUUGAAUAAAUUGAAAACUAGAAACCGAUCUUUUUCCAAAGUGAUUUUCGUUGGUCGCAUGGUCCUAAAUAUUCGUUGAUUUGCAAGCUAUCUGAUAAAAUUGGGUGAAUUGAUUUCUUGAGCAUAAUUUAUAUAUUCAACCUUUUGACUAAUUGAGCUAAUAUGUUACCGUACCAUAUAUCCAAAAAAUAGGCAGUUUUGCCGUAUAAUGUUAUCGAUAAUAUUGACGGAGUCAAAGAUAAUGAGUUAUAAGAAACUCGGUUUAACAUUGAAUUACAUUCGCUUAAACGUAUAUAUGUACAUAACUGGUGUUUCCGUAUAUUUAUACUAUAAUGUAUAUAAGCUUAUAGAUAAUAAGUAUGUAUAUAUAUAUCCACAUCUAUGUGUAUACAUAUAUGUAUAUAAGUAUUAUAUUGGAUUGGCAGUUUUGUUAUGAUUUUCUUACUAUUCGCCCUUAUAUCGAAGAAGCAAUUUGGUCCUAUGCAUUUUUAAUAGUCUGAAUUUCAUGGUUGAAUACCUUUCCACUGAUAUUUAAUAUUUCCAAUCUUUUACUUAUAUCUAUAUAAACGUUUAUAUACUUACAUGACAUGGAUAUAUUAUACUUUGACUUAUGGGUUUUAAAGCUUAAAUGUUGAAUGUUUUCAAUUUAUUUUGCACUGCUGGAAAUAUUAUGUACAGCCUUGGCCAAAAGUAUUAGGAACCCCAUUAAUUACUGAAUUUUUUGUUUCAACAAGUGAAAUAAUGAAGUUUUAUAAGUAAAACAGUGAAAAUACAAUGAAUUAGUGAUAAUAACAUUAAAAAAAAUAAAAAAAAAAUAUUAUAAAAUAUUUUAUGAAUUUCUUAAAAAUGACAAUUUUUAGUUUUAGCUUAUUUUUUUUUUAAUUCGUUUCGUUUUAAUUCGUUAUUCGUUUAAUCAACAGUUAAACACCCAUGUAAGACAUUUACAAGAAGAAGUGGUAACUUUGAUAGCCACAUUUGAGAAUACUUGUAUUUUAAUGGGGUGCCUAAUACUUUUGGCCAAGGCUGUAU